CUGCCUCAAAAUGAAGUUUCCGUUCUGUAUUCUCACUAGUAACAGAACUAUAAUACAAAGGUUAUCAAAUUAUGCAUUCUAUGGAAGACUUCAACACGUCCAACACUCAAUGCCCUCGAAAUGUAUCAAGCAUUGUCCGGUUUUGCGAUGCGUGUGCACGGAUAUUUCACAGAGAACUAAGGCAUAUUACAUCACAACUCCCAUCUUCUAUGUCAAUGCGUCACCUCAUAUUGGCCAUGUUUAUACUGCAGUGACUGCUGACUGCCUGCACAGAUACAAGCUCUUACAGGGAUAUCAUUCCAGGUUUGCUACAGGAACAGAUGAACAUGGCCUCAAAAUCCAACAGGCUGCUGACAAAGCUGAUAAAGACCCUCUGAGGUUCUGCACUGAGGUAUCAGAGAGUUUCCGAAAUGUAUUCCAAAGAUGUGGUAUAUUAUACACAGACUACAUUCGGACAACAGAGAAAAGACAUAGACAGGCAGUUGAACACUUCUGGAUGGUUCUCCAUAGCAAAGGGUUCAUCUACAAAGGAACUUAUGAAGGCUGGUACUCCACUCCAGAUGAAAGCUUUCUCACGCCAACUCAAGUCACUGAUAGCACAGACUCGAUGGGAAGACAGAUUAAAGUAUCCACUGAGAGCGGACACAAGGUGGAGUGGAUGAAGGAAGACAAUUACAUGUUCCGCCUAUCUGAAUUCCGAGAAGAAUUGCUUCAGUGGUUUCGAUCAAACCCAAAGACCAUCCAGCCUGUAAAGUUUCAGCACUUAGUUCUUCAAUUGCUUGAAGACGAUCUACCCGAUCUGUCAGUGUCUCGCCAGAAAAGCCGCCUUCAGUGGGGUAUUUCAGUCCCUGGAGAUCCAGAACAAACCAUCUAUGUGUGGUUGGAUGCUCUAGUGAACUACUUAACUGUUGUUGGUUAUCCGCAGAAUCACUCUCAGUGGUGGACAGUUGUCCAUCAUGUCAUAGGUAAAGACAUUCUUAAAUUUCAUGCAGUAUACUGGCCGGCAUUUCUCUUAGCUGCAGGGUUACCCCUACCUCAGACGAUAUACGUGCACUCGCACUGGACAGUAGAGGGGAAGAAAAUGUCCAAGAGUCUUGGAAAUGUGGUCAAUCCACAAGCAGCAGUGGAGAAGUUCACCAUGGAUGGACUGCGCUACUUUCUUCUGAGACAAGGGGUUCCUGAUUCGGACUGCGACUAUUACGACGAUAAAGUCAUUAAGCUAUGCAACAGUGAACUGGCUGAUGCACUUGGUGGACUAUUAAACCGCUGCACUGCACCAUCCCUCAACCCUAAGCAGGUGUAUCCCGAAUUCUGCAACACAUUCUUCCCAAAGGAUACAUCUGAAGGACUUGAUGAAAAAGCUGUUUCGGAAGACUACAGAAUGGUGGAGGCAGUAUCUUUACUUCCUGUCUUAGUAGAGCAACACCUGGAGAAUCUACAUGUGUACAAAGCACUGGAGGCCAUAAGUGCGUGUGUACGUUUGACCAAUGGGUUUAUCCAAAGGCAUGCACCGUGGAAGCUUGACCAAAAUGAUACAAAAGACAAACAAUGGCUUGACACUAUUCUUCAUGUAUCUUUAGAGUGCCUCAGGAUGUAUGGAAUACUCCUGCAACCUGUAGUGCCAGGGCUUGCGGACAAAAUUUUAUCCAGGUUGGGAGUCAAGCCAGAAGAGAGGAGCUGGGAUUCUCUCAAGUUCCUGGUGAAACAUGAUGGAAGAGACUGUCAUUUGGAAGGAAGAGCACUGGGACCUGAUAUGGGAGUACUGUUUAGUCGCCUUGAGAGGAGCCAAGGGAGGACUCCCAAAACGGCAACCCGCCAAAAGUCAAAACCUCAAUGAAUUCUGUGUGUUGAGGUAAUUCCAUCAUGAUUAAAGUAAUAGUUCACCCACAAAUUAAAAUUCAUAAUUUACACAUCCGCAUGCCAUCCCAGAUGUGUAUGACUUUAUUCUGCAGAACACAAGUAAUUUUAUUAGAAUAUCUCAGCUCUGUAGGUCAAUUAAAUGCACAUGACGACAGGUCACCAGAAAUCAGAAGGUCCAUAAAGGACAUAACGGCAGUAUAAAAGUUAUCCAUAUGACUCUAGUGGUUAA